AACAAAUUAAAACGUUCAUGUGCACACCACCCAAGACAGAAGCUCUUUUUUGCAGAUUCUUUCUCGCCAUUUCCCUUUCUCUUCUCUCCUCUCUCUCUCACACACAUCAAAAGUUCUGCUUUGCUGCUUUGUCGGACCAAGUGAAAAGCUUCAAAAUUGGAACAAAAAAAAAGGGGAAUGGAGGGCAUUGUGCGAGUCGUGGUGGUGGUGCUAUUCGGGGUUUUAAUUAGCGGCAUUCGAUGUCAGGAAGAUACGGAUAGAACCUCUGCAGGUGUAUACAUGGUUACCCUCAAACAAGCUCCUUCUUCUUUUCACAAUUCGAGUAGAGCGAAGAAGACGACUCAUCCUUUCGGGUUCCCUGCUUCUACUUCUGGAGGAGCAAAUACACUCGAAAAUCCAAGUUUCAGAAACAUCACAACCAAACACCAUCGUUAUGGUUCCCGAAUUGCAAGAGUUCAUGAUUCAUUAUUGAGGCGAGUUCUAAAAGGAGAAAAAUAUCUCAAAUUAUACAGCUAUCACUACUUAAUAAACGGAUUCGCUGUUCUUGUUACUCCACAACAGGCACAAAAGUUAUCGGGUCGAAAAGAAGUGGCAAAUGUGAUACCCGAUUACUCUGUUAGAACUGCAACUACACAUACACCACAGUUCCUAGGGUUACCUCAAGGGGCAUGGUUACAAGAAGGUGGAUAUGAGACAGCUGGCGAAGGGGUUGUAAUUGGGUUAAUUGACACGGGUAUUGACCCGACCCAUGUGAGUUUUGCUGAUGGGUUAUCUGAAAAUAACUAUCCGGUUCCCGACCAUUUCACGGGUGUUUGUGAGGUGACACGGGAUUUCCCAUCCGGGUCAUGCAACCGGAAGCUUGUUGGGGCCCGCCAUUUUGCAGCUUCUGCUAUCACAAGAGGAAUCUUUAAUGCAUCUCAAGAUUAUGCUUCACCAUUUGAUGGAGAUGGACAUGGGACGCACACAGCUUCUAUUGCUGCGGGAAACCAUGGGAUCCCAGUUGUUGUAGCCGGGCAUCAUUUCGGGAAUGCCAGUGGAAUGGCCCCUCGUUCACACAUUGCUGUUUACAAAGCAUUGUACAAAAGCUUCGGUGGCUUUGCUGCUGAUGUUGUUGCUGCCAUUGAUCAGGCAGGUCAAGAUGGAGUGGAUGUUAUAAGUUUAUCAAUAACACCUAACAGACGUCCACCUGGAAUUGCUACUUUUUUUAAUCCAAUAGACAUGGCGUUGCUAUCAGCAUAUAAAAAGGUCCAUGGAUCUUUACAGUGGGUGCAGCUGCACAUGAUCGCAAGUAUAGCAAUUCCAUUCUUCUUGGGAAUAACAUCACCAUUCAAGGAGUCGGACUUGCACCUGGAACAAGAUGAAGAUUACACUUUAGUUUCUGCAACAGACGCACUGAAUGAUUCAGAAACACCAACAGAUGAAUAUGUAAACGAAUGCCAAGAUUCCAGCAGCUUGAAUCAGACAAUUAUCCAAGGAAACCUCUUAAUCUGUAGCUACUCUAUCAAAUUCGUUCUUGGACAAUCUACCAUAAACAAUGCUGUUCAAACAGCUAGAAAUCUGAGUGCAGCUGGAGUUGUAUUCUCCAUGGAUCCUUUCAUCAUUGGAUUUCAACUCAAUCCUGUUCCAAUGAGUCUCCCUGGAAUCAUAAUUCCAUCCUCCAAUGAUUCCAAGAUCUUACUUCAGUACUACAAUUCUUCGUUAGAGAGAGAUCCAGUUUCAAGAAAGAUAGUAAAAUUUGGAGGUGUUGCAUGCAUUGUAGGUGGAGUUGAAGCAAAUUUCAGUAACAGUGCUCCAAAAAUAAUGUAUUAUUCUGCUAGAGGACCAGAUCCAGAAGAUAAUUUCCUUCAAGAUGCCGAUAUUUUAAAACCAAAUCUUGUUGCUCCUGGAAAUUCCAUUUGGGCUGCUUGGAGUUCCGGUGGCACUGAUUCUGUCGAAUUCCUCGGUGAGGAUUUUGCGAUGAUGUCGGGAACGAGUAUGGCGGCUCCUCAUAUAGCGGGGCUGGCUGCAUUAAUUAAACAAAAGUUUCCCGAUUUUACCCCUUCAGCAAUCGGGUCCGCGUUAUCAACUACUGCUUCUCUACGGGAUAAAGAUGGUGGGCCCAUAAUGGCACAACGUGCGUAUGCUAACCCCGAUUUAAACCAAUCUCCUGCAACACCCUUUGAUAUGGGAAGUGGUUUUGUAAAUGCAACCGCAGCAUUAGAUCCUGGACUCAUUCUUGAUUUAGGGUAUGAAGACUACAUGUCAUUCCUAUGUGGCAUAAACGGGUCAGAAGCCGUGGUGCUAAACUACACGGGGACCACAUGUGGGCCCAAGACAACGGGGUUGACCGGUGUUGACCUGAACUUACCUUCCAUCACACUUGCAGCACUGAACCUGUCUCGAGUGGUUCAAAGAACCGUGACUAAUGUUGGCGGGAUGAACGAGUCUUAUAGUGUCGGUUGGAAUGCUCCUUAUGGGGUUUCCAUGAAGGUCACCCCGGCUCAUUUUAGCAUUGGUACUGGUGAAAAACAGGUGUUGACAGUGUUGUUGAAUUCAACCAUGAAUAGCAGUGUUGCGAGUUUUGGAAGAAUCGGGCUUUUUGGUGAUAGGAGUCAUGUCGUGAAUAUUCAUUUGUCUGUGGUGGUUAAAAUCGCGUAUAAUGUGAGUAGUAAUUGAGGGUGUAUGAUUUUAGUAUGUUUUUUAUUGUUAUUAUUUGGUUUUUUGUUUGAUUUAUUUAACCCAAUUCGUGUCCAGUUUUUGGUGUGUAACU